GUUCACUGCGGUGUAGACGAACCAUCUUGGAGACCCAGUGACUGAUCAUCCAAAGAUGCCGUGCUCACAACUGUCGGUGUCCGUCACCAGAAUCCAUGGGAUGUCCCCAACCCAUGUACCACAUACUGAUAUUGCACCAUGGUGCAUCAACAGUGGCCGAUUUGAAACAUGUUCCACCUAUAGACAUGAUGCGGCUCCUGCUAGCCUGGCAGCUGGUAGGAUGGAGGAUGGACCGUGUUCAAAUUGUGUUCAAGGCCUGCACCUGUCAGUGGUUUCCAAGAAAAGCGUGCAAACUUACAGCAUGGAAAGAUACUACUGUCUCUCUAGUAUUCUCUAUAUAGUUGUAGUACUAGAAUCUCUAGAUAUAAGCGUGGCAGUGUUUAUCUCUACUCGGCCUUUGCCAAGACUGAGACACUCAACAUAUUUGUGGCGAAGUUGAGCUGAACGACCUGCCAAGACCUCGUCCUCGACUCCCCUCAACUUGCAUGGGGAGAAGUAACAAAACUGCCGUAAACGCCCCUGAAAUCAUAGGUUUCAUGGAGUGAAAACCACCCGGACCUUGGUCUUCGGAUUUCAUCAUACGAAAUCGGGGCCAAUUCACGGAGUGUAAAUGUUCUAGAGCUCCAACUAUAUCCUCAGAAAGUGGUUAGACCCCCCAAGCCUACCCCAACCACCUUCGAAACGGAGGUGGUUGGAGCCCGGGAUUAAGAGAACUACCUGACACCUUCAUCGCCUUCACAGCUCAUCCGCUCCGCGACGCGAGCACCAGGGAAUCGACUCCGAAACUAUUUCGGCCUGGGCCCCUGAAGAGCAACGAGCACUGAAUUGAGGGUGGGUGGGUUCUUCAGCAGCCGCGAGAGAGAGGGUGAGAGAGGCUGCCAGGUCAUGCUGCCAUGUCAGCGUGAAGAAGGUGGUUCUCUCAUUUUAUGGAUUGAUGGAUUCAUCCACCGAAAGCUUCCUUAGACAAUUUACAGAAACCCAGGUGCUUGACGUAGCAGUUAACACGAGAAUGCCCAUGCAAGGCGGAAGAGCAAACAUGGGACCAUGCGGUUCGGAGAGUGUGCUGCAGUUUUGUGCGUGGAACCUUUCGUGAAAGACCUCAGACGCAUUGACUUAAGGAACAUGUGUGCACGUUCCACAACAACGGGCAGCUUCCAUUGGAAAAGAUACGGAAAGACUCCAGAGAGGAGCGUGCCUUUCCCCCAGAGAACCCUUUACUCAGCAAUCUUGAAAGUGAAAAAAGGAAAGGAAAUCGUUUUGCUUGCUAGUCAAAGUUGUGGUCAAACUCCGUUAGGAUGAUUUCGGAUCCGGGUAAUCAGAUACACAUCAUCUAUACAUAACUCUUCCAUUCCCACUGACUGACUGGUGAUCAAACACAUCAUCGACUCAUAUCGACUCUAUGACUCAUAUGAAGAAUUAUGACUCACACAUCACCUCUAUGUGACUCCCAGAUCUGAUUUUAGGAUCACUGAUGGAUGUCACUCCGAACGCAGAGGCUGUGGUCCUCUACACACUGGGGCCAGCAGCGGCAACGUGGACAUUCUCCGGUUGCUCUUGGACGCCAAAUGCCCCAUCAGCCACAAAGACGAUGUGGAGGACACGGUCCUUCAUCGCGCCAUCCAUUCCGGUUCCGAGGAGGCCGUGAGCCUCCUACUUGAGCGUGGUGCAGAACUGGAGGCUGUGCGGGCCAGCGACGAACAGACACCCUUGCAGCUGGCACUGGUGGAAGGGUACACCCGAAUGUGCCGUUUCCUCAUUGAGCGUCGUGCCUCCAUCGACACCAUGCGCGCCGACGGCAUGAAAGCCCUUCACUGCGCCGUCUUGCGAGAGGCAACCUUUGCGCCGCGAGCAGGCGAGGGCUCAGUGAUCGCGCUGGUGGCAGAGAUGCGGGCGGAUCCGCAGGUACGAAGUCGCUCGGGUCUUACGGCCUUGGCCUUGGUCCUGAACCCUGGUCUUCAGGCGCCCCGCCGAAUGGUGGCCCUGCGCACGGUGAUCGACAUCAAGGCCGACCUGGAUGCUGCCACGAAUCCCGACGGCAGCCGCCCCUUACACACCACGGUGAAUCACAACAUGCAAGGCGAAGCGGCCGUUCUCUUGGAACGCCGGGCUGAUCCCAACGUGUCCCGUCAAGAUGCUUGCACGCCCUUGCAUUUGGCCGUCUUUAAAGGCUCCCUCCCCAUGGUGGAGCUGCUUUUGCGUGCUCGUGCUGAUCCCAGCCUGCCGACGCGGAACAACCUCUCCGCGCUCGAGCUGGCGAGGCAACAUGGAUUUGAUGCAAUACUGCGCCGAUUGCAGCAGUGAGAUCUCACGUGACCGCCGAGUGGUUUCUGGAAUGCGGUCGACCGACCGGAAAGAGGUUCUCCACUGUGCCAUUGGCCACUGGCAACCCUCUCGCCACUGACGCAAAGCAUGGGC